AUGUUCAUACGCUUUAAGCCACAAAAAUUUCUAAAAAUGAAAUGGUUCUUAUUAAAUAUACUUAACUUCCAAUUUUAUCUUUCUCAUUAUUAUCGCCGAUGGACGUUUGUUACUUUCUUGUUGAUUGCCAUUGGUAUAUUUAUAUUUUCUAUUGUUCCUCAUCUUGGCUUUGAUGAUCCAACAUCGUCGUCUGCCGACGAUCUUCAUCUUCCGCAAUCUCUUCAAUGUCCGCACAAAAAUAAUAUUAAACUCGAAUACGGUCGUUCGCAUCUAGCGCACAGUCGUGUCAUUAUCUGUGGAUUGAUACAUGAUCGUGAACAACAUAUUCAUCGUCUGAGACAACAAAUCGAAGAAAUCACGCCAAUCUUUGCUGAUUAUGCCAUUGUCAUUGUGGAGUCUGAUUCUAAAGAUAGAACUCGAUAUGAAUUAAUCCGUUGGGCACAAGAUAAAAAAGUCGCUAAUCGAAUUCAUAUUAUCGGAUGUGGUAAUCGAGCCAGUGAUGAUCGUCCGUGCAAUCUGUUACAAAUUUCCAAUCGAAGCACGGCUCAUCCAGAUACACCACGCAUCAAAAAGAUGGUUCGACUACGAAAUAUCUACAUGCAAUACAUCGAAGACGAUAUUCAACUAUCAAAAUUUGAUUAUGUAAUCGUACAAGAUUUCGAUCUACGAACAUAUACGUAUAUUGAUGGGCUUCUAUCGACUGGUUUUCAUUUCGGUAAGGAUUCAACUAUCGAUGCUAUAUGUGCUAAUGGCAUUAAUCAUCAUCGAAUAUUGGGUCGAAGAAGAUAUUACGAUCCGUAUGCGCACAAAGAUGAACAAAAUAAAGAUUGGAGUGUAUGGUUUAAUGAUCAAUGGUCAGCAAUUUUUCGAAAAUAUUCAUGUAGUACUGGUCUAGUGUCUGUGCAGUCGUGCUUUUCUGGUGCAACUAUGUAUCGAUAUACAAGCAUAAAAGGAAAACGUUAUCGCACGUACAUCGAUUCAUACCAGCAGUCGAUCUGUGAACAUGUCGGAUUUCAUGAGACAAUAAAUAACAUGUAUUUAAAUAGCGAAAUGAUUUUUUAUGUAAUAAAAAAUCAUUAG